CCUCAUCGCUAGGAAUAUACGCCGUCCUAAAUACGAAUCCACUCCGAAUCGAUUCUAUUAAGCAUCUCCCCUUGCCAUGAUGGACUACCCUAACACAAUAAUAUUGGAUGGUGUCCAACUAGCUGAAACAAGGACUUUGUUGAUUAGUGGCAAGGAUAAAUUCCUUCAAGGGGCAUUGGGUCGCUUGGAAAGGCGAGCACACGAAUGGCUUACACAAGGACCAUGGUCAGUCGUGAAUAAGGUCAAACCUCCACCAAGUGGUGACAUACAUGAUUACACAAGCUUAGCGCCUUACUGGUGGCCAUCGCCCACAGCUGACGGAAGUCCAUAUGUCCGGCGCGAUGGAGAGAAGAAUCCAGAAGUAUACAACUAUAGCGACCGGCUAAACGCCGAGAAUGUGUUCACCGCCUCUUAUGAGUUGAGUCUCGCAUGGUUCUACACGUCUAACGAAUCCUAUUCGCGGCAUGCGGCCAACAUACUACGAACAUGGUUCAUCUCGCCUACCACCCGGAUGAACCCAAACUUAAAUCACGCUCAAGUGAUUCCCCAUGCUAAUAACGGUCGCUGUAUCGGAAUUAUAGACUUCUCACAAGGUUACACCAGCGUUAUUGAUGCGGCUAUACUUCUUGCCGGAGACUCAUCUGGACAGCCAGCACCGGGAUGGACAAGGGAGGACAUUGCCGGAUUCCAGAACUGGAACGUUGAGUUCCUCCACUGGCUAACAAACAGUAGUUUUGGACGUGAAGAAAGCGCCCAGCAGAAUAACCAUGGAACGUUCGCCGCGAUGCAGAAGGCGGCCAUCGCGAGAUUCGUUGGAAACCAUGAACAGGCGAAACGUGAGAUACUCAACAUUAGGGAGCGCAUCAAUGCUUCAAUUGCGUCAGAUGGAUCGCAGCCAGAGGAGCUGGAACGAACCCGCAGCUGGCAUUAUUCCAUUUUCAAUUUACUUGCCCUUACACGUAUUGCUGCUAUCGGGCAGAAGGUUGGAGUGGACCUUUGGUCGUACCAAGGUCCACAGGGGCAGAGUAUCACCAAAGCGAUUGAGUAUCUUAUCCCUGCUGCGAUUUCCAAGGCAACAUGGCAAGGCGCUGAAAAAGAAUUCCUCCCUUUUGCUGCGGCUGAUGUUUUACGCGCAGCAGCUGUUGCAGGGAGCGAGCUGGCGCGAAUAGCAGUGCCGAAAUUACUGCUACCUCCCGAUGAUAUCUGGGUAUUAAGGCCCGCACCUGAACAACUUGAUGCGGUGAGGCUGAAGUAA